AUGAGUGGCAAAUUUAAUGGAGUUGCUACAUUAAUUAAAAACAAAUAUCCCACUGCGCUGUAUAUUCAUUGUAGUUCUCAUAACCUUAAUCUCUCAAUAUCAUAUUCUUGUAAUUUACCACAAAUCAGAAAUACUAUGGGUACCAUUGAAAGUAUUUAUUUAUUUUUUAAUACACCUAAAAGACAAAAGUUUUUUACUGAACAAUUAGAAAUGUUUAAAAAAGAAGAAAGUAUGAAAGAUGAUGGUUGUCAUUCAAAUAAAGAAAAACUAAAACGUCUUUGUCCAACCCGCUGGGUAGAUCGUCAUAGUUCUGUUGAAACAAUUUAUGAUUUUCUACCUGUCAUUGUGAAUAGUUUAGAAGAAAUGAUUACAUGGCCGGAUAAGGAUGUAGCAACAAAAGCUAACCAAAUACUUUUAACAUUAGGAACUUCAGAAUUCAACAUUAGUCUAUCUGUAAUUAUUAAACUAUUUCAGUAUACUAAACCUCUUAGUGUUUACUUACAAAAGAAAAACAUUGACUUGGUUGAAGCUAUUAAUCACAUCAACACUAUUUUAAAUGAAUUAAUGAAUAUUCGUGAAAAUGCUGAAAUAGUCUUUAGUGAUUUGUUUAAAAAUCUUAUUAAAAGAUCAAAUGAAAUGGAUAUUGAAAUAAAAAUACCAAGACUUGCUAAAAGACAAAAACAUAGAAAUAAUUUUUCUUCAGAAAAUCCUGAAGAUUAUUUUAGAGUAUCUAUUUUUAUUCCAUUUAUUGAUUCUAUAAUACAACAAUUGAAUGAUCGUUUCAACAAUCAUAAAGAAAUAAUAUCUGGUUUUCAAGUAUUAAUAAAUUCAUGUGCUAAAAGUGAUCUUCAUCAUCUUGUAAAAUAUUAUCAAGAAGAUGUUGAAAGUUAUGAAAAAGUUGUAUCUGAGGUUGAUUUAUGGCACAGAUAUUUAAAUACAAAAAAUAUUAAACCUCAGAAUGCAUUAGAUGCGUUACUUAUAUGUAAUCAGGACUUCUAUCCAAAUAUUUAUAAUUUAUUGCACAUCCUUGCUGUACUCCCAGUUACAUCUUGUGAGUCAGAAAGGUCAUUUUCCUCACUGAAGCGAAUCAAAACAUAUUUGAGGAACUCGACUUCUGAAACCAGGUUAAAUGGAUUAGCGGUUCUUAAUAUACACCGAGAAGUUCCAGUUACAGAAGAUGAAGUAAUUGAAGUAUUAGCUUCAAUAAAGCGCCGCUUAGAUUUCUCAUUGUAA